UGGAAAAUCCUCACUGGGCUGGCUUGCUGAUGAGCCUUGGACAUAAUGUUCUCACGAUCUUGGAAAUUUGGUCACGCGCCCUCGCUUUCGGGCGCUAAAACCUUGCUUGGCGCGGAUGACCAGUUCGAGGAAGAAGAUUGCGAUUUACGUAUCAAAUCAUCGAGGAUACGUAUGGACACCGGAAGAGGUCUCCCGAUUACGAUCUGAAGCACGCGUGGCGGGCAUUCUGAUUGGGACAUUGCCCAGCAUCGCCCAGCAGAACGUGUUUCUCGGCUUGCCGUUAUUACUUCUCCCUGAAGAAGUAGCAUUUCUUGUCGAUAAAGGUAUCGCUGAACUCCAUGAUGACUCCACCAUGUCCAAUUCCCACGAUUGCCCCACAUCCAUCCAACUCCGACCCGACCAAUCUGCCCAGCCUCAAAUUUCCAUCGAAUCAGCGGUAGCAGCAGCUGCAGGGAUGGGAGUGGCAAAGGAAUGCUCAGGAUCAUCGAUCUUAACGGAGUCCCGGAUGGUGUCGUCCGUCCGAGGUGAUGAGUCUAAAGAGGAAGGAGAGAAAGAAGAAACGACGAAGAAAAUGUUAGAGGAAGAUGCGGCACCAGUGAUGGAUCGAGAAGAGGGGGAUGAUGGGUCUAGCACCCUUCCUCAGCCGCACUCUUUGUUGCCACAGCCCAAGCCGCCAACGGAAUUGGCAAUGUCCAUUAAGGCCGAGUUGGAGUUGGGGUCAAAUGGCAACAACGAUAACGACAACAACAUCCUAACCGAACAAGAGGGUGACGAUGCCGUUAAUAAAGUGGAAGAAGAUGGUGAGAAGGAAAUCGACAGGAAAAAGCCGAUUUUCCGCGUCUUGAAACAGAAGAUGGAGCCAGGGAGGGGAAUUUGAAACAACGGGAUCAACCAUUUGUACCCGCCGCAAUUGACGAUGAACUAGUACAACCACCCUCCAUCUUACUCGCCUCCCCUACUUCCCCCCUCAGUAUCCCUCUUAUCUCAUCUCCAUCAUUUCACCUUCCUAACACUCCAACAACGCCAGCCGCCGCCACAUCCGCACAGCCAACGCUUGCGU